UGGACAUAUAAUAUGAACGAAUAUUGCUAUUGCGUAUGUGAUUAACGGGGGCGGGUCACACCGCACGUGGGUGGUUACUUGUAGCUUAACGUGCGAAUACACUGUACUGUUAUCCUUUCGGUGGGCAUACAUUUUCUGUUUUGGGCCGAUCUGUUUGUGAUCUGUCCUACUCCAUUUCCGUUGUUUUUGCCUGAGGAGAGACUUGAAAGGGCUGAGAGAUGGACACAGCUCCAACACCACCACCACCACCACCACCAUCAUCACUGCCGCUGCCAGGAAACCUGGCUCAAAAAAAACAUCCUAAACCACAGCCUCAGUUCGCUGCAAUACCUUUUACCGGGCACUCUCCCACCCUGGAGUCAAAUCCCUCACCAGAGGCUCUCCAUGAUGCUCAGGGUGAAGAAAAUCCACCACUCUUCCAAGUGCAAAAUGGACCCUUUUCUACACCAUCUGAAGAACAGGAAGACAAUGAUUCUGACACAAAAGAGAAACACAUUCCAGUGCAGGAAACUAACCCGGCACCACAGGCACUUCAUGGCACACUGAUGACAGAGCAGCAAGAUGAACAAGCCACUCAGAUGGAGCCAGCUGAAGAGGACCAACAGGCCUGAAGCACUUUAGUUACGAGAAAACAAAGAUCUACAUUUAAGAGUACUUGAAAAAAGCUGUUCUCAAUUUAACUUGAAGCACUUCUACGUGGUAUAAGUUAGAUAGCACACUGCUUUAUGUUCUGGCCAAAGAUGUUUGAAUGUUAUUUCAGCCUUCAAUCAUCAUCAUCCUCAUCACUUGCAGCUGAAUUGAAAUUCAUAUUUAUAUAUAUAUACAUGCAUAUAUUCAUACUUUAUAGUGUCUUUGAGAAACUUUGAACUGAAAUGAGCUUCAGAAGACUAAGUAAAAGCACUUUGAGUGUACAUAGUUGCCCCUAUUUAUUAUUUAAAGGUAAACUUGACAGAUUUUAGACAAAAAGGUUUGACUGAAAAACAUGUAAUGUAAUUUAUUUCUGGCUCAUGUGCUACAAACCUGUGGUGUGAAGUUUGAAAGGAAAGGACAUGUAUCAGGCAGGGAUAUUGGCUGAACUAAGGUAAUUGUUGGAUUAAGUGUUUUGGAACUUGACCUGCUCAGGAUUUCUGCAGUCUCAAAUUAAAGCGUUUUUAAUCUGUCUUUCAUGAAAUCCCCAAUUAAAGUCUAACAUGCUCACAAUGACAACACUAACAUGCUGAUCUGUAUUCCAUGCUUCUUUGUCCCAAAUUUAAGCAAUCCAUUCAAUAGUUAUUGAGACAUUUCAUUCAAAACUGAAUGCUAUCAAUUGAGGAAAAGUCAUUUCAUUUUCACAGUAUAAGAGAAAACCAUAACCUGCUGGUCGUGCUAAAUGAAAAGUAAGUGGAUCACCAAAGUCAACAGAAUUUGACCCAUGGAUAUUUAGACAAGGUUUCAUGGUGAUCCAUCCAGUAGUG